GAGAAGAAGGGAUGCGAGGAGGGAAGUUGGGAGGCAACCAGGAGAGGGAGAGCCAUAGCAUCCUUCCAGGACGACAGCGAUAACGGACUAGGAUCUGGGGCAAGGAGAGCUAGGAGAAGCAGGAUCACCGCCCGGUCCAACUCGGACGUUUCCAGCAAGAAGUUAAAGACUUGUUAACACGGGGAUGGAAAAGAAAUCGCCGAGCUAAAGAAGCGCCACGGGAUCUCGGGUGUCCGUUAAAUAACCGGAGGAUCCCGUGGGGAGAAAGAGGCGAAAUGCGGAGGGAGUGACUGACGGCAGAUCUGUGAAUUUGGUCCUCUGGAGUUGCUAAUUUGCCAGCCCGAAGCGACGCAUCUCUCAAGGAAGAAGCGUUUGGCCGCUGCUGAUUUCUCCAAAGCCCGGUGGUACCCAACGCAUCGGGCUCUGUGUGUUGGAACAAACCGUUUCUAACCGCAGCGUCUCGGGAGAGGUAGAGAGACGACUAACUUGCUGUCUCCAAAUAAGAAACGAGAUGUAAUGCAUCCUGCAGUCCAUGCACGCCUCCUCUGCAAAUCGUGCACCGUUCCUCGGUGGAAACCUUUAAAUCCUAAAAUCCAGGAAAAGAAAAUAAAUACAUUAUCAUGGACCUGAGGGAUUUUUACCUGUUGGCCGCCCUGAUUGCCUGUUUAAGGCUGGAUUCUGCUCUAGCUCAAGAACUUAUUUACACCAUUAGAGAGGAGCUGCCUGAAAACAUACCCAUAGGAAACAUACCAAAGGAUCUGAACAUUUCUCACAUCAAUGCUGCCACGGGGACCAGUGCCAGCCUUGUCUACAGACUGGUUUCUAAAGCCGGGGAUGCCCCAUUGGUUAAAGUGUCCAGUAGUACGGGGGAGAUCUUCACCACGUCUAACAGAAUAGACAGAGAAAAACUCUGCGCUGGAGCCGCCUAUGCCGAAGAAAACGAGUGUUUCUUCGAACUCGAGGUGGUGAUUCUCCCCAAUGAUUUUUUUCGGCUGAUCAAAAUCAAAAUAGUCGUGAAGGAUUCCAACGACAAUGCACCCAUGUUUCCCUCUCCUGUCAUCAAUAUCUCCAUUCCAGAAAACACUUUGAUCAACAGCCGCUUUCCGAUUCCGUCGGCCACAGAUCCUGACACGGGCUUCAAUGGGGUACAGCACUAUGAAUUGUUAAAUGGGCAGAGCGUAUUUGGACUGGAUAUCGUGGAAACUCCAGAAGGGGAGAAGUGGCCACAACUGAUUGUUCAGCAGAACUUGGAUAGAGAACAGAAAGAUACCUAUGUGAUGAAAAUCAAAGUGGAAGAUGGAGGCACCCCCCAGAAAUCCAGCACGGCCAUACUCCAAGUCACAGUAAGUGAUGUUAAUGACAACAGGCCGGUAUUUAAAGAGGGUCAGGUGGAGGUUCAUAUUCCAGAGAAUGCCCCCAUAGGCACCUCCGUAAUCCAGCUCCACGCGACCGACGCAGAUGUAGGCAGCAACGCGGAAAUCCGCUAUGUUUUCAGCGCCCAGGUCGCCCCCGCCACCAAGAGACUCUUCGCUUUGAAUAACACCACCGGGCUGAUUACGGUUCAGAGGUCCUUAGAUCGAGAGGAGUCAGCUAUUCACAAGGUGACCGUGCUGGCCACCGACGGCAGCUCCACUCCAGCUCGCGCAACGGUCACCAUCAAUGUCACUGAUGUCAAUGACAACCCUCCCAACAUAGACCUCAGGUACAUUAUAAGCCCCAUCAACGGCACGGUGUACUUAUCAGAGAAGGAUCCUGUCAACACAAAGAUUGCCCUAAUCACGGUCUCGGAUAAGGACACUGAUGUCAAUGGCAAAGUGAUCUGUUUCAUCGAAAGGGAGGUCCCGUUUCACUUGAAGGCAGUUUAUGACAACCAGUAUUUGUUAGAGACCUCUUCCUUGUUGGACUAUGAGGGCACCAAAGAAUUCAGCUUUAAAAUUGUCGCCUCUGAUUCUGGGAAGCCCAGUUUGAACCAGACUGCCCUGGUAAGAGUUAAACUGGAGGACGAAAAUGACAACCCUCCCAUUUUCAGCCAGCCUGUAAUUGAGCUGUCAGUUGCUGAAAACAACCGCCGUGGUCUAUACUUAACAACUAUUAGUGCCACAGACGAAGACAGUGGGAAAAAUGCAGACAUUGUUUAUCAGCUUGGACCUAAUGCCUCCUUUUUCGAUCUGGAUCGGAAGACAGGAGUUUUGACAGCCUCCAGAGUUUUUGACAGAGAAGAGCAAGAGCGUUUCAUUUUUACUGUAACUGCCAGGGACAACGGGACCCCUCCUCUUCAGAGUCAAGCAGCUGUCAUAGUUACCGUGCAGGAUGAAAAUGAUAACAGUCCCAAGUUUACCCAUAACCAUUUUCAGUUUUUCGUAUCCGAGAACUUACCAAAGUAUAGUACUGUGGGAGUGAUCACCGUGACGGAUGCAGAUGCUGGAGAAAACAAAGCCGUGACCCUGUCCAUCCUAAGUGACAACGAGAACUUUGUGUUGGAUCCUUUCUCUGGAGUUAUAAAGUCAAAUGUUUCCUUCGAUCGAGAACAGCAGAGCUCGUACACCUUUGACGUCAAAGCCAUUGAUGGAGGGCAACCCGCUCGGUCCUCUACGGCCAAAGUGACCAUAAACGUCAUGGACGUUAAUGACAACAGCCCGGUGGUCAUCUAUCCACCUUCGAAUACCUCUUUUAAGUUGGUGCCACUCUCAGCCAUUCCAGGCUCAGUGGUAGCAGAAGUGUUUGCGGUGGAUAUUGACACCGGGAUGAACGCCGAACUCAAAUAUACCAUCGUCAGUGGAAACGGCAAGGGGCUAUUUCGGAUUGAUCCAGUGACAGGUAAUAUCACCCUGGAGGAGAAACCCACCCCUACCGAUGUGGGGUUGCAUCGCUUAGUGGUCAACAUAAGCGAUUUGGGCUACCCUAAAUCUCUGCAUACACUCGUGCUGGUUUUUUUGUAUGUAAAUGACACUGCAGGAAACGCCUCCUAUAUUUAUGACUUAAUACGAAGGACUAUGGAGACCCCUCUGGACAGGAACAUCGGGGACAGUAGCCAACCCUAUCAGAAUGAAGACUACCUUACCAUUAUGAUCGCCAUCGUGGCAGGCGCUAUGGUUGUCAUCGUAGUGAUCUUUGUCACAGUUCUGGUUCGCUGUCGUCACGCGUCGAGGUUCAAAGCUGCUCAGAGGAGCAAGCAAGGUGCCGAGUGGAUGUCUCCAAACCAGGAGAACAAACAGAGCAAGAAAAAGAAAAGGAAGAAAAGGAAGUCUCCUAAGAGUUCUCUUUUGAACUUUGUGACCAUCGAGGAGUCUAAGCCUGAUGAAGCAGUCCAUGAACCUAUCAACGGGACAAUCAGCCUUCCAGCUGAGCUGGAAGAGCAGAGUAUAGGAAGAUUUGACUGGGGCCCGGCACCACCAACGACCUUUAAGCCUAAUAGUCCUGAUCUAGCUAAGCAUUACAAAUCUGCCUCUCCACAGUCUGCUUUUCAUCUCAAACCAGACACUCCAGUAUCAGUGAAAAAGCAUCAUGUGAUUCAGGAACUUCCCUUGGACAACACCUUUGUCGGGGGUUGUGACACCCUUUCCAAACGCUCUUCCACUAGUUCAGAUCACUUCAGUGCCUCAGAGUGCAGUUCCCAAGGAGGCUUCAAGACAAAGGGCCCCUUACACACCAGACAGCCCCUGCUCCUGAACGGGUCAGAAGUACCACCAACCAUCCAACUCUGCACAAACUUGCCAGCUAAGAUCAGCAUGGGCCUUCCCCCAACUUUUCUGUAAUGCUCACAAUAUCCACUCUUCUGGAAGAACAAACAAUUAAUACGAUUUAUGCUAUUUUAAUAUGGUUCCAAAUCUUAGCCUUCUUUUAUACAUUGAGUUUUCCUAAAUCAAUACCACUCAAUAUCACAGAAAGCUGCCAGCUGUUUUACACAGUUAUGUAAAUAAACCAAGCUUAUGUUACCAAUUCCAUAAUGGCUCAUUUAUAUCUGAAACAUAAUUUUAUAUAUGCUAAAAUAUAGUAACCACAUGUGAAGUCUGAAAGAAAUCUUGAAACAGAGGACGAGGGAAACAUUUAGCCUAUACAGUCAGUAAAGGAUGUCUUAAUUAUGACUUUUUGUUUGAAUAGAUUCACUUAAGAUUUCAGUCUAAUUUUCUAGUUGAAAAUGUUGUAAAGACUUUCUUGGUGUACAUCCUCAGAAUAAAAUUAACCAGAUGAGUGUUCUGGAGUUAGUGUACACUAAGCCCAUGGAUAAAUGAAAUUGAUUUGUGGAAUAGUAUGUUAACACAUUUGUCUAGCAGGCAGAGUGCAUGUGUAACAUAUAAUCAGGUUCAUGACUGCUAUAUAGACAUCAGGGCUACUGUAUUCCUAAAGAAUUAAAAAGGACACCCUUCAAACUAACAUGGGAACUGAAAGACAAAAAUAUUGACAAAAAUUUUAGAGGGUCAAAUAUUCCUCAUUUGUGUUUUGAUUCUGUAUUUUUUGGUGAGUGGCUCAUGGGAUUUUAAGGCCUUGUUUAUUUCAUUAUCAAAACUCUUAAUGAUCAGUCUGAGACAGAAAAGUUGGCUUUAAAAAAUUAUUAUAGCCAAAUUUAGGCCUUAGUGCCAUCAAUUAGCAAUAAAGUUGUUUUGUAAAGGGAUCACUUGAUGACGAAUCAUAGAAUUUUGGAAUAGUGUAGUAGACACACUAAGCCUUCAUGAACUGGAACACUUAGAGUUCUAGGAUUUUGAUUUAAUAGAAACCAAAAUAAAUAGGAAAUAGCAAAUAAAUAGGAAAUCCGUUGAAUAUAGAAAUGGCAACAGCAUAAACUAUCCUCCAAGUAAAAAGCCAAAAGCAUAAGAACUUUUUCCAGAGAGAGGAUGUAGUGUUCAUUUCACUCUGAGAUUGUGUGAGUGUAUCUUAAUUGAGGCCUAUUUAAAUUCUGCAAAAUAAUAGGAAAUAAAUGUAGUGCUAUUUAGCAAUUUUCUCAUAUUUAACCAUCACAUUUCUGAAAGCAAAAUUUUAAGUAUUCCCUAACAGAUUCUGGUGGAAAAAUGCCAAGAUUUUGGUUUCACAAUAGGUAACAAUCAUGUGAUAGAGUGCCCAGUUGGAGCUGAAAACCAAAAACUUAAUGUGAAUUAAGGAAAUGAAGUCCCCCAAUGUGAUGUGUCGAUUUAGCUUUUAGAUUCCUUGAAACCAGCCUAAAUUCUGCUUUGUUUGGAAGCUUCACAGACAAGAUGCCUGCGAGAGAAAAUUAGUUUUGCCCUGAUAUCUUGUAUGUGGCUGAUAAUUUGUACUGACAGUGUGCCUAUUGGUUAUGAUUGGGACAAGCAGGCCUGAUCCAAAUGGACAUUUCAGGAGCCAAAUUCAGUAGAUUUACCAUUGAAAAUGUCUUUCUUGAGGAGAGUAGAGCCCUUCUGAUGUUUCUUCCCCUUAUUACUACAUAAGGCUUAAAAUUGUGCCUCGAGAAGUAGUCUGUACCCUGUCCUCUGUUGUGAGAUUGUGCACUAUGCAAAUAUGCAGUCAUGAAUUCAAGUAAAAGUGUGCAAAGAUAAACAGAAUGCAAAUAACCACAUUCCUUAAUAUGUCUCAGUUCAUUCAUUCAUUCAUUCAAUCGCAUUUAUUGAGUGCUUACUGUGUGCAGAGCACAGUACUGAGCACUUAGGAAGUACAACUCAAUAAUUUUUGUCAUCAGAGUCAAAUCUUUAAAUGCUACAUUUUAAAAUAAUUUCAAUGUUCAUCUCUAUCUCCUAAUUAUGUGUUUCAAAAACUAUUUAGUACCUAAUUGCAACACUUUUAAUUCUUAGGUAAUGAAAAAAUCUAUAUUAAAUAAGUAUCCAGUACAAAUCCAUUUUAGUACCUUAGGAGUAUUAUUAUUAAAUAUUGAAUUCGUGCUUUUUUCUGUAAACAUGCCUGUUCCACCUCAUUAAUAUGUUGAUUAUAGGGGUUUCUGAAAAUGAGUGAACUAAGGACCAGUUUAGCUUUGGAACUAGUUUUUUUGGUUCUAGAUUGAGAAGCAGCGAGGCCUAGUGCAUAGAGCAUGGGCCUGGGAAUCAGAAGGACCUGGAUUCUAGUCCCAGUUGUCUGCUGUGUGACCCUGGGCAAGUCACCAAACUUCUUUCUGCCUCAGUUACCUUAUCUGUGAAAUGGGAAAUAAUCCCGUUAGCUCCAUGUUGGACUUAGACUAAAAGAAAAAGAAAAAGUUAUAUCUACUACAUUAAAUAAAUUUUAUUGUGUACACCCUACCAAUGCAAUAUAAGAUUGAGAAGUCAGAAUUUAUGUUUAUCAUUUUGGCCUGCUUCAUUAUAAGCGCUUAGAACAGUGUGCAGUGCUUAGAACAGUGCUUUGCACAUAGUAAGCACUUAAAA